AUGAAAGUGCCAGAGAUGAAGGCAACUGGCACGAUGGAGCCGACCAUGCCGAAAAUUGUGACUGAUGCGCCUGAGGCUACUAGGCUUCAUCGCCUGUCCACAGCAGUGUGCGCCACAGUCCUUUGCAUCUUGACACUCUUGUGGUCCUUCACUUUGUACCUGUCCAAUGGUGCCGUUUUCACGGCGCUACUAGACGAGUACAAUGCAAACCGUGCCAAAACUGCUUUUAUUGGGUCGAUCAAUGAAUUUGUAUUCCUGCUCACCUAUGUGCCGACUCCAGCCCUGAUUCAGCGCUUUGGACUUUUGACAGCAUACAUGCUGGGAAGCGUUUUGCUUGUGGGGGGCUUGGCAGGAAAUGGGGUUGCUGCAUCCCUAGACAUGUGGAUUCCCACACAUGGGUUUGCAGUGGGCAUGGGCAUGGGAAUCCUCUACAUGGCCCAGUUGGAUGUGAUCUACAAGUUCACUCCUCGCUCCCACCGUGGGCUUUGCGUUGGACUAGCAGCCUCCGCGGGUGGCUUUGGGACCAUGUUUCUCUCCCCUUGCCUGCACUACCUCGCCACCGAGUAUGGGCUGCCCAACGCCAUGCGGGUGCUUGCCGCGUCAGCAGCUGCGACCCUUGUUCCAGUCCUGGUAGGGGUCAGGAUGUUGCAGCAGCGUGGCCACUACUUCAAAGAUUCGGCAAAUGGAAAAUCAGAUCAGUGCCGGUCAACGAUUGCGGCUUCAUCUGAAUCAGGACGAUGCCAGGCAUGCAAGUCAGUGAGGGGGGGCUUGAUGCAGUGGUUCACAAACAUCGACUUUCUGCUGCUCUUUCUGGGCUCGGUCCUCUACCUCGCGGGCUUCUCAGUGCCGUUUGUGCAUCUGGCAUCCUUGGCACGGGAUCGAGGCGUGAACCCCGCAGAUGCCGCCGGCUUGUUGUCGAUCUUCGGGACCUUCAAUGGGAUAGGCCGAAUCCUGUUUUCUCGGCUCGGGGAUCUUCUUGGCGGCGCCUAUCUGCGAGUGUACUGCAUUACAGUGCUGGGGAAUUCUAUCAUGAUGUUUCUGCUGCCCUGGUGUCAAUCCUACGAGCACUUCACAGCCUUCGCGGCCUGUUGCGGCCUUUUCGCAGGUGGGCGGCCCAUCAGCCUGGUGUGCGGUGAACUCUUUGGUCAGGAGCAGGCAUCAAAGGCUUACGGCCUCCUCGGUUUCGCCUUCGUGUUCAGUUCUUUGGGGGCUCCUUUAGUGGGCCACGUGUACGAUGUGAUCGGCUCCUAUGAGGGCGGGUUUAUCUCCGUUGGGGUCCUCAUGGCCGCGAGCUUGUUGAUCUUGCUUGGCUUGGAUUGGAAGGUUAGGCGUCAAGCAAGGGACUUGGAGGAGGCUCCACGUGAGGGCGAUCGAUUUUCUGUCUGA